AUGCGCCGCGUGCCUCUCGCCGCGCUGUUGCGGCUUUUACUCAUCGCAGGUAGCGCUACCUUCGUAAAUCCGUACGUGAGCGAAGAUCGAGUAGACCUCAACCAAGUAUGGGUGGAGAUACCUUCAACCCUCGUAGCAUUGGGAGGAGACGUGCAUAUUGGGGUUCACGGGGCUUCAGGCACCGGCCUGCGAGUUCGCCUCGCCCGAGAAGACGACGAUGGCCGGGCACUCCUUGCCACCAUGCCUUUAGCGCUUGAUUUUGAACAUCGCAUGACCAUACCUUGUGGUUACUUUUCCCGUGGAGGGACCUAUUACUUAGAAUUAGUCUCUGAUAAGGACACUUAUCUACCAGAUUAUGAUAAUACCACAGAGUUGGCAAAACGUGAAAUAGACACAAAGGUUAAAAGAGAAGUUGGUGAUGGCAGUUUAAUGGAAACUGGUGAUAGUGUAGUAAAAUCCUGGAAGUUUGAUGUGUUGUGGCCGACGGCAACUUUGGAUGUGACUCCAGAGCAGAUAAAAACGUAUCCUGAAAGGCAGGUGAUGGCUAUCCUGGAGUUUCCACGCGUGGUGUGCACGCCAGUGAAUUCUAAUGCUGAUUUCUGGCUAGAAUUGCUGUAUUGUGGUCAUUCAAGUGGAGGGGCUGUAUUGUGUGAUGGAAAAAACACCAGCUCGCAUGCUCACGUUUUAUAUUCUGAACAGAUACAUGGAUUUCCCGGUCGUAACACAAUGACCCUGCGUUGUGAACUGUUCGGUCAAGCUGGGGACUAUGCGCUUACACUAAGGCCAGCCGCUGCAGCUGGGCCUCAAGACCUUGCUACUGCUUUCAUCAAGGCAGACUGGUCCGAGCAAUUCGUGCUGAAUGUGCACGGCGGCUCCGUGUUCCCUUGCGGUGAUGGCGUCAGGGUGCUGUUCCAAUACCCGGAGUGUGUGUUGGAGGGAGCUGACAGAGUCAGGGUGUUCGGACGAGACGCUGAUCGACUGAGAUAUGUCGCAGAGAGAAGAGUGCGCCGAGGCCAACACACCGCUUCAUUUGACUGUCGACUGUUCAGCGAGCGCUACCCUGAAUACUGUUUUGUGUACGUAUCGCAGGCGGUGACUGGCGCGGUCGCUGAUGUCAGGAUGGACUGUCUCCCAACAUUACCACUUUCAGACGGUGGCGCGGGUGGUUGGGGCGAAUGGUCAGCGUGGUCGGCGUGCCCAGCGCCUGCGCACUGCUCAACCCGCACAAGAAGUCGGCAUCGCUUCUGUGACUCGCCACCUCCAGCAUACGGUUCUAGGUUUUGCGAGGUAACAACAAGAUUAAAAAGUAAAAAAAGCAACUAG